AUGGUCUCCAAUUGUCAUAUCGGGGUACUGAUAGCGGGGUUGAUUGGGGUUGUACAAGGGCAGUAUCUAAAUACUACCGUGGCGAUUGUAACUCCAAUAACACCAGAGGGACAAGGACAUUAUUCAACAUGCGAACCAAAGACUGUGACUAUUACGUCUUCCGUAGGUGGAUAUGGAUCAUGUCCCACACAAACUAUUACAUCAACCCAGCUAUCUGUAUCGACAACUACAUGUUGGGAGACUACUACAAUUGACAAACCAACCACAAUUAUCUCAAUAUCUACAUCUACAGCAUAUCAGAAUCAAACCACUACAACAACAAUCACUUCAGAAAAUGGAGGUGGUUAUGGGCCUGGGACUACAGUUACAGAGACCAUUACUGUUACCGCGAGCUCUAUCCCAAGUGGUGGAUAUCCAUAUGGAGGGAGUACUAUCACGGAGACAGUCACUCAAAAUCAGAAAAUAACUAAAACUGUCGGUGGUUACCCAACUGCGAACCAAACUAUUACGGAGAAGGUUACGGAGAAAACUACUGAGACAGAAUCUUUUACGACAACUGUUCCUAGUGUCAUUUCAGCGAUUACGACCCUGACGGAUGUGCUUACAGUGACCAACGUAUCUGCAGCUAGCUUCACCGAGAUUGAUCUUGUCACAACAACUAAAAACUACAAUUUCACUGCUACUCAAGUGGAUCGCACAACUCAAACUAACACCAUCACCGAUGAGGAGACCACAACAAGUUUCAUUUGGCAGACUACCAUAUUGACAGAUGUGAUGACUACCUCAAUCCCAUAUACGACCACUUUGAUUAAUAGUUAUGGAUAUCCGAUUACAAUAACUAAGUAUAGUACCCUGACCACUACUGAACGAUAUACUUCUAGUUUUACUACCACGUCCACUCAGGAUCAUACAACUACAAAGCUAAAUACGGUGACAACAACAUGCACAGAGUUCGUUCCUAUUUUCAUAAUCAAAACGAUAAGUGGGUCUCUCACGACAAUCACAUCGUAUUCCGCAACGACUUUCACCUCACUCAUAAUUACCAGCAAAACGGACUAUGAGACUGCCACGAUUACAUCGAAAAUAACUGAUUACAUACCAACAACAAUAUAUCAGCCUUCGACGUAUACUACCACUCAAGAUUUGACUAUUAUCUCAUCAUAUCCUGUGACUGUUAUUAACAAUUACACCCUAUGGGAAACUACCACGAGAGUCGAGGUAUCAACUUAUCAAACCACCAGCACGGUGACUUCAACGACUUCAAUACCUUUACCCACAACGAUUGAUGUCUAUAUCACAACUACCGUAGAUCAUCUCUUCACAUCUGUCUCCACGUAUACUUUGAAUACAAGCUAUCCGGUAACUGUUAUCUCUGACCACUCUACUACUUACACCCAAUAUACCACCGAGUACUACACUAGUCGGGAAACAACUACAUUUUCUACGACGGAAACGGAUACCAAAACGGAUUAUGUGACUACCACCUCAUAUGUACCUACUACGACUGUCUCUACAUCGUUUAUAACCACCAGUAUACCAUAUACUGUCAUAUCUUCAACAACUUUGUACAUCUACAGCACUCAAAUUUCCCUGAUUACCCUUACGACUUCCGUACCUAUCACAAUGACAGAUAUUUCGACUUCAAUAUCAACUGAUUAUGUGACGACAACCUCAUAUAUACCUACUACAACCAUCUCUACCUUAUUAAUGACCACAAGUAUACCGUAUACCGUCGUUUCCUCAACAACUCUUUAUAUUUACAGCACUGAGACCUCUUUGUUGACUCUCACAACCUCUGUACCUACCACUGUCACGGAUAUUUCGACUUCAAUCUCAACUUCCGUAUCAAUUUCUGAUAUUUACGUCUAUACGACUAUAAUUGAGACCUACAGCACGACGGACACUUCCUAUAUAACCACUUCUUAUCCAUAUACUGUUAGUGAGACAGUUAUAAACGAUAUAACCCACAGCUUCACAAAUUAUAUUACUACGACAAUAAUAGAUUUAUCGACUUACGUCAGUCUUUCUACUCUCACCACGAGUGUCAUCAUACCAACCACUACUACACAAGUUUCGUUGGUCCCAACAACCAUUACGAAUUCAUAUUAUUCCACGGCUACAAUUACGAAGACGACUUCAUAUCCAUUUACUGUGAUAUCCUCAACGACCGAAUUUAGCUAUAGCACUUAUACAACGGUUUCAACGUAUAGCAUGACGAGUACAAAAACUACUUCGAUUCCAUACACCACAACGAAUGAAAUUUUGGUACCGACUACUACGACCAAAAUUUCCCUUGUUCCAACUACAAUCAUCUCGUCAUAUUUAUCCACAUCCGCUUUGACAGUUUCCACAUCUUAUCCUUAUACCAUAUAUCAAACUAUCAUUAGUUCAACGACUUACUAUUCUACCUCUUAUAUAAGUACGACUUACACAACAACCCAGGAAUUGACUUCUGUAUCAACAAUCACUACUUCAGUGCCCACGACAACAACCGAGACUAGUGUGAUAACUAGUACAACUCCGGUCCCUACUACGACAACGGAAACUAGUGAUGUCUACUCAACGUAUAGUACCACCUUGACAGAAUUGACCACGAUCAGCGCUACUUUGACAGAAAUCCAUCUUUCAACGAUAACCGUUUCCACUUCAUAUCCAUUCACGGUAUAUACCACAGUUGUUAGCGAUCAUACGACCACCUCAACUCAAUAUGUCCCAACAACAUAUACGCAGGUUAUAUCCACGACGGAGUAUGUCCCGAAAACUUAUAUAUCAUUGAUUACGAGAUCUGAAACAACCACAGCCACAGCAACUAUAACGGAUAGUGAGACAACAACGGCUAGCUACACAGCCACUGAUUUCCAGACUACUACCACGACCGCAGUAUCUAUCGCAACGCUCACCUCAAUCGAUGUCAUUACGCUUCCCCCCGUUACUCUUACUACUUCAAUCUCUGGGACCCCAAUCACGGUCAUAGAGCCCGCAUCAACAAUAUCCGUUACCAAGACGAUCACCUCUGAAUUUUAUAUCACAUCCUUGAUUACCCUUCCUGCUAGUACUGUUACAUCGGAUACUUAUAUUACUACUUCAGUUCCCGGUCCAAUAAUUACGACGUCGAUAUCAGGAUCUUUGACAACGAUCACCUUACCUGGUUCUACAUCUGUUUUGACAGUUUCAGGCCCCACCAUAACAUCCAAUGUCUACAUUACUACCCCACUUCCUGCUCAAACAAUUACUACGUCAAUAUCAGGAUCUUUGACUACUAUCACAUUGCCUGGUAAUACCUCCGUUUUAACAGUUUCAGGCCCAACGAUAACGUCCAACAUCUAUGUCACCACCUCACUUCCUGCUCAAACCAUCACGACUUCUUUAUCUGGAUCUUUAACUACCAUCACCUUACCUGGUAACACAUCAGUCUUAACAGUCCCCGGCCCAACAGUCUCAUUAUCCGGAUCUUUGACGACUAUUACUCUCCCUGCAGUCACAUUGAUUCAGACAAUCUCUGGUCCUACUGUUACAACAUCAAUAUCAGGAUCUUUGACAAUUAUAACUCAGCCAGGUAGUACAUCAAUUAUAACCCUCCCGGGAUCAAUUAUAACCUUGCCUGGAUCAACAAUUCCUGGUCAGGCUUUAACUUUACCAGCCUCAACAGUUACUCUGCCAGGAUCGAUUACCACACUCCCGGGACAGACUACUACCAUUCAAGGAUCGACCUUUACAGCCCCAGGACAAACAAUCACCCUACCAGGAUCAGUAAAUAUUCUUCCCGCAUCGGUAACUACUCUCCCUGGAUCUGUAACUCUUCUUCCUGGGUCAACUAUAACCUUGCCCGGAUCAACAGUCACCUUGUCGGGAUCGGUUACCACACUUCCUGGGCAGACAACUGUCAUUCAAGGAUCGACUUUUACAGCCCCAGGACAAACAACCACCUUACCAGGAUCAGCAACUACUCUUCCUGGUUUGGUAACAACCCUUCCCGGUUCAGCCUCAGUCUCGACUGUGACUCAGUCCAUUGCAGGCCCAACAGUGACCCUCACUCAGGCAGGAUCAACCGUGAUCUCAACUCUCCCAGGUUCCGUCAGCAUCUAUCUAACGACCUUAAGUCUUGGCGCAACCUUGACAGGAUCAACAGCAUUCAUAACUGGGCCUGGAUCCACCGUAACCGUAACUGAAUUGAUUACCUGUCCAUCGCCUACAAAUUCUGGUUCAGUAAACCCUCAAGACUCCAGCUCAUCAGCAGUCUUUGGAUGCUCACCAGGAUACGUUUGCGACCCACCAAAACCAGAUCAUUGUGCUUUAUGGGCCGAUCCACCUGCUGCAGACUAUCUAUGUGAAGCCAAAUAUUGUAUUCCAUCUCCUAAUACAACUGAAGUAUACUGGGGACAAAAUCAAACUGGAUACUACCCACCAUCAGCCGGAUACUUCAAUCUUAAUCCCAAUGCGUUUGGUCUCAGCUUUGGCAUUUUUAUUGAGAAAGUCGUUACCGAAGUCAUUAUUGGUAAUGAAGGAACUGAACUUGUCAAGACUUAUACUACUGGUGACUGGACAUCCCAAACAGAUAUCUCUCACUACCCAGCCGGAACCCAGACUGGACUUUCCACCUCCGCACUCGCCACACCCUCCGCUCCAGCCCGUCGCGGACUUCUUCCCCAAAUCUUUGCCGGAAAGCGCAAAUCAGACACCACACAUCUCAAUCUCCUCAGCAAACGGGACAAUACUGUUGCUCCCGCAGUUUGCUUCUCCGUGUGUAACAAUUGCUACGUUGAAGCACUCAAAGUGGGCAAAACUCCCGCUCUCUGCGAAUCCAGCUCCGCAUUCCAAUCUUAUUAUGAGGCUUGUACAGGAUGUAUCAGAGCGAAUAGCAACACUGUGAAAGUAACCUUUCAAACAUAUGUAGAACCACGAUUCGCACAAUUCUUGGAAUUCUGCAGUGCGCAGGAACCACAAAGUGAGGUUUCGGGUAGUACGGAAACCGAAAUCAAGACAGUAACAGCAACUGUUUUACCAGUUGAAGUGAGCAGUAGCACAGUUAAACCAGCUGCUACUACCAGUGGUUCGAGUGCUGCAUCGAGCUCUAGUGCUAGCGCGAGCCCAACUGCAAGCGCUACCCCGAGUUUUAGUAUUACGAGCCAGAUUGCACCGGUUGAUACAUCCUCUACUUCCUCAACAUCGAUUUCCACCGGCGGCAAUCCAUCUGAAUCUUCUUCAGCGGUCGUCAGUGCCCCGACAGCUUCUGGAAGCGGAAGCGGAAGUGGGACAAGAACCGGAACCGGAACUAGAACUGGAACCGGAGCUGGAAGCCCAUCACCAUCCACAACAGCCUCGACCGUCCCCAGUAUAAGUACCAUAGGCUCCGGCUCCGGCUCAGGCUCAGGCUCAGGCUCCAGCACCCGUUCAAAUUCGGGAUCUGGCACGGGAUCUGGCUCGAUAUCUAGCUCCGAAUCAUCCUGUCAAUCCCAAACCUCAACUCCAACUCCUACAACGAAUCCGCAAACGAGUUUCUCAUCCACUUCCUCCGGAUCUGCUAGCGCUUCAGGGACUGGACCUGCUGAAGGUUUCGGAAGCAAAUUGAAGCCUUCAGUGUUCUUCUCAUUGAUGGCGAUGUUGCUUGUGGGACUCAUGGGCUAGCAGUAAUAUGAUUUUACUUCUUAUUCUUUUCAUUAUUCGAUAUUCAGCUCCGAUAUCUUAUAUAUGCUCUUAUUCUUACGACUGUACGACACAAAUGAUGAGAUGAACGACAGUCAUAUUUACGUAUCAUGAUCAAUUUUAUACCUUUAUUCUUUUGAUCUUCUCAUUUUCAUGUCUCAGCAAGACAUGCUCAACAAAAAAACAUGAUACCCACGAUCCUUAUAUUUAAUCAUAAUCUUGACGAGGGAAAAUGAUAAAUUACGAUCUUUACGAAAAUACGCUUGCAUGGUGUGGAAAUGCCAGAUCACGGUCUUUUGAUUCGGUAUGAAUGAAUGAAUGCAUGUAUGUAUGCACGCAUGGAUGGAAUGGGAGAGAUGAACGGAGGAAGAUACCCAAUCCAAUACACUCAUUUUAUGGCGUUAUAUUUGAUUUUUUUUAUUUUUUUUGAAGGGAGGGAAACAGAACUUGGCGAGUAGAGUAGUGAGAGAAAUGGAUGAACAUCUUAUCCAUCCAUCUAUCUACUUGUCAAGGGAAGGAUAAUUUUUGAAUAUUGAUGGGCACUCUCAGGUUGGGAUAACACAUGGAGGAGGGAUUCAAAAAGGAAGGAAAGAGAGAAAGAAAGGAUGAUGGAAUGGAAAGAGGACGAUGGAAAGAAUCGUUGUGGAAAAGAGGCGACUUUUUCAUUCCCAUGUAUAUAUAUUUGAUAUUUUAAUAUCUUUGCUUUGCGUUUUUGGAGUCCAGAGUGGACUUGUGAGGGGAUGGAUGGUUAAGCGAAGCAAGUAAUUAGAAUAAUGCAGAAGGACAUUCAGAGGUUUUCUUGUUUCCUUAGAGACUCAGACUAUAACCUACUGUGAACAUCCACACAGAGACCUGCACUAAACUUACUAUAUAGUUUUAGGAAAUAAAAGCUUUAAUUAUUUCCGAA